AUGUGCUUGAACUCGUUUGACAUUAAUACUGUAGUUUGGGAGCUUAUCAAUAUAUUUUAUUUUAUUCCACUUAGCAUUCACUGAUGCAGCGGCAGCCAAUGGCUCUCUCUCUCUCUCUCUCUCUCUCUCUCACACACACACACACACACACACACACACACACACUUAUCGUUAUCAUCCCUUGCCUUCCUCCAUUAUUCCACAUGACUAUCUCCCUCUAUUCUCUCCCUCUUUCAAUAUCAUUGCCCAUAGAAUUAUCGACAUAUCAAGAAGGGUCUUAGCACAUUUCCAGUCGGGCUUGGACCACUUGAAGGGAUGGUCCCGGCGCAAAGGCCCAAAAAUUAAUUUCAUAAGUGCGCAUAUUUGGCCACAUUGUUUGAGAAUGUCAAUUGGACGGGCCUGGGCCGAACCUAACCAAACCUAAAGCCGAGCCUAGAGAUCCUGGUGCUCGGACUUCGAUUGGAUUCAAAAUGUGGGCCGAAGUUUUACCUUGGUCAGUGUCUGUGGUGACAAAGCUCAACCUAGUGUUGACCGGGAUAGGCCGAGCAUUGACAUAAUCUUGAUCUGUGAACAUGGAUACACCACCUCCCUCUCGCCGCAGUCCAAGAUCUGUAGUUCGUUCUCCAGAAGAGUGUAUUUCUUCUGGUUGAUUUCUGUUCUUCUCAGAUAAACUGUUUUGCUUCAUAAAACCUGACUAUUUGGGACAUUUCUGAAUACAUUCAGAAACUUUGGUUUUUUCUUCCAAGUAUUUAAGCUUUUCGCGCUUUUGUAUACAAAUUUCGGGGCCUUUUUUGGGGCCUAUAAGGAAGAAUAUAAGAUUUCCCGCAUUUUUUCAAUAUCUUCUUGAAGGCAUUUCUUUUCUGGAAUGCAUCUCCAUUCCACCGUGUUUAGUCAAUUCGAGGUAGAUAAAAACACGUAAUUUGGCAUCAAAUCAUGCUAUUUUUGGGUGGAACAUGUGGCUGCCGUGGUCUUUCUGGAUUCGGUCGGCCGAUUUCAUCCCUCAUAUGCGAUAGUUUGGGAGGUCGGUGGAAGCUACUGAUCAACCUCUUCCGUUCCAUGAAUGUAGGAGGAAAUAGUGGGCGGCGGAGGAUCAGGAAGAUUCGUUCUAUCAUCACCGCGCCCUACACAUCCUGCGGCCAUUUGCUGGUGUCCACGUGAGAGUUGACUCAACGAUUCGUCAUCUUCCACUGGUCGCCGUCGCAGUGGGGAAACCCGGAGGGACAGCUCUCCGUUGUGGCCAGCCCGCUGGCCAUAGAUUGCCGUUGAGCUCCCCAUUAAUUCCCCCGGUGGAGUAA